CUGCUAUGCGGAUGCAGGCGCCAUCAACCUCUGCAGCUGCAGGAUAUUGUGGUUGUGGCUGUGCUUCCGUUUUGCAGCCUCUAGGGUGCUUGCAUUUGCAUUCGGUAGUGCAGGUCACUGACGGCGAAGAAUGGAGGCGUACGCUGCCGGAGCCAAGUUCGACUGCUUGCUAUUUGACAUGGAUGACACUCUGUACCCGCUGAGCCUUGGCAUCAACCUAGCAUGCCGCAAGAACAUAGAGGAGUACAUGCUGAACAAGCUGCGGAUCGAGGAGAGCCAGGUCCCCAAGAUGUGUCUCGACCUGUACAGGGAGUAUGGAACUACAAUGGCCGGCCUCAAGGUUUUGGGGUACGAUUUCGACUACGACGACUUCCAUGCCUGCGUCCAUGGAACGCUACCGUACGAGAAGGUGAAGCCUGACCCGGUGCUCAGGCAGCUGCUGCUUUCCCUGCCGCAGAGGAAGAUCAUUUUCACUAACUCUGACAAGGCCCACGCGGCAAGAGUCCUGGAGAAGCUCGGCCUCGAGGACUGCUUCGAAGGGAUCAUCUGCUUCGAGACCCUGAAUCCGCCGCCGACCGAGAAGAAGGACGAUGGCAGGGGGAUCCUGUGCAAGCCCUCGCUGGAGUCCAUGGAAGCCGUCAUCGAGAUCGCCAAGCUCGACGCCAAGAGAACGGUGUUCUUUGACGACAGUGCGCGCAACAUCGCCGCCGGGAAGGCCGCCGGUUUCCACACCGUCAUCGUGGGGAGCUCGGCGCUGGUGCCAGGGGCGGACGUGGCGCUGGAGAGCAUCCACAACAUCAAGGAGGCGCUGCCGGAGCUCUGGGAGGCCGCCGGCGACCACGUCGAGGCCGUCCUCCGGUCGGCCGCCGUGGAGACCACAGUGAUUGCCUGAAUAAUAUGAAGAAAUUAUUAACAGGUCACGGCCUCACGGCCACGUAAUGCGCUACUGUAUAGUUUAUAUGUCGUGACGUGCAAAUUAAAAUGCCAAUGUGGUGUGCCUGAUUAAGCCUUAUUAAGCACCGUACGUAGUAUAUAAUUACCAAGGAAUCUCAAUUACUAAUAUGUGCCGGACCGGAACUUACUGGUACUAAUAAGGUUUGUGUAGUUCAUCCUAUUGGUCCGUGUUUUUUUAUGGCGCGGCCCGUUGUGAAAAUGGAUGGCUCGUUGAAAUGGACACGAAUUUUUGUUG